AUGGAGAAACGGGACAGCAGUGAGGUGGUACAGGUGCGGCGGUUGGCUUUUGCCGGAAUCGCCGUCAGUACCAUCGCCACUCUAACGGCCAUCAUCGCCGUCCCGAAACUGACGCACCUCAACAACGAGGUCGACUUCUGCCGUCAAAAGGCCUCCGGACUCUUCGAUGAGUUUGAAAAGUACGAGGGAGUCCACGGAAGAGCUCCUCGAGCAGCCGAGGCUCACCCCAAGACCAAGAGGAGGAGCAGGGCCCGCGGCGCUGGGACUUAUUCGGAAGGCCCGUCCGCUGCCGUAUCUGGAGGAUCGUCUUCCGGAGGUGUGUCAGCGUUUUAUCUCGUACUCCGUCGU